GGAGCUGCGCCAGCAGGUACCCUGGCUCCCUCUGCCCUUCUCAGGACCCUGGAGGUGGCUGUGCUGGUGCCCGUGACUGCCCCCCACUGUGAGGGUCAGCCCUGCCUCACAUGGGGCAGGUGCACCCAGGCUCCCUCUUACUCUCUUCCCUCCCCACAGAGCAGCCCUCCGAGGGGUUCCCUUCUCCAUGGAGAGCAGGAAGGCGGCUCUGGGACCCUGGAAGGCUGACAGAGAGGCUUUUGUGACAUUUGAGGAUGUGGCUGUGGAUUUCACGCAGAAGGAAUGGAAGCUGCUGAGCCCUGCGCAGAGGACCCUGUACAGACACGUGAUGCUGGAGAACUUCAGCCACCUGGUGUCGCUGGCAGGAAGUCCCUGUUCUAAACCGGACCUCAUCACGUGGCUAGAGCGAGGGGAAGAGCCAUGGAGGGAAGAGAGGAGACACCGGCCAGGCCCCCGUCCAGAAACAAAGCCAGAAAUCCAUCUCUGUCCCUGCUGCCCACUGGCCUGCACUCAGCACAUCCUUUUGAGGCACACGAUUUACGAAAAUUCUGCUCAGAUGUCUGCAGGUGCACGUGCAACAAAUUACCUACAGCCAAGGAGUCCUGGCCUGGAGCACCAGGAACAAGAGCAGGAAGAACUCUCUCAUCAGAGUGACCAGAGUGAUAGGGCAGCAGGUCAAGAGAGAGAAGAAAACUCCCAGACCUUGUUGAGGAGGGGGAGUCAGAUGUCUGGGAUAACUUCCAGCACAUACCCCACCCAGGCAGUAAGUCUGGGGCAAAGGAACUCAGUGGUGGAAAUAGAGGGCUGCCAAGCCCAGAGGGGAAAUCCUAAAGAAACAGGCAAAGCAUUAAGAGGAAGAGAAAAUUCAGGAUGGGAAGCGUUCAAAUGUGCAGAGUGUGGGCAACGCUUUAAUCAGAAGACAAAGCUGCUUGAACACAGAAAAGCACAUUAUGGACAGAAUCUUUUAACAUGCAGGGAGUAUGGACAGGACUUUACUGAUAAGUCAGCACUAUUCUUGCACCAGAAGACGCACCGAGGAGAGAGUCCAUAUAUGUGCAGGGAGGGUGGGCCAGACUUCAGCAGUAAGUCAAACCUCGUAACAUACCAGAGGACACACUCUGGGGAGAAGCCUUUUGUGUGCAAGGAGUGUGGGAAAGGCUUUAUCCAAAAAUCAUCCCUGAUCUCCCACCAGUGGAAACACUCCAGUGAGAAGCCUUUUGUGUGCAGGUAUUGUGGACGAAGUUUUAGCUGGAAGUCAAAUCUCCUGAGACACCAGAAGACACACUCAGGGAAGAAGACUUUCGUUUGUAAAGAGUGUGGGCAAGGCUUUAUCCAAAAAUCAUCCUUGAUCUCCCACCAGUGGAAACACUCAGGGGAGAAGCCUUUUAUGUGCAGGCAUUGCGGGCAAACUUUUAGCUUUAAGUCAAAUCUCCUGAGACAUCAGAAAACAAACUCAGGGGAGAAGCCUUUUGUGUGCAGGUAUUGUGGGCGAAGUUUUAGCUGGAGGUCAGAUCUGUUGAGACAUCAGAAGACACACUCAGGUGAGAAGCCUUUUCUUUGCAGUUACUGUGGGCGAUGUUUUAGCUUGAAGUCAAAUCUCCUGAGACAUCAGAAGACACACUCAGGUGAGAAGCCUUUUGUGUGCAAAGAGUGUGGGCAACGCUUUAUCCAAAAAUCAUGCCUGAUCUCCCAUGUGAGGACACACUCACAGGAGAAGCCUUUUGUGUGCAAGGAAUGUGGGCUAGGCUUUAUCCGAAAAUCAUCCCUGAUCUCCCACCUGCGGACACACUCAGGAGAGAAGCCUUUUGUGUGCAGGUACUGUGGGGUAAGUUUUAGCCUGAAGUCAAAUCUCCUGAUACAUCAGAAGACACACUCAGGGGAGAAGCCUUUUGUGUGCAAGCAGUGUGGGCAAGGCUUUACCCAGAAAUCAUCCCUCAUCUCCCACAAGUGGAAACACUCAGAGAAGAAGCCAUUUGUGUGCAAGGAGUGUGGGCAAGGCUUUAUCCGAAAAUCAUCCCUGACCUCCCACCAGUGGAAACACUCAGGGGAGAAGCUUUUUUUGUGCAGAUAUUGUGGACAUAGUUAUAGCUCGAAGUCAAAUCUCCUCAGACAUCAGAAGGUACAUUCAGGGGAGAAGCCUUUUGUGUGCAAGGAGUGUGGCCAAGGCUUUACCCGAAAAUCAUCUCUGGUCUCCCACCAGAGGACACACUCAGGGGAGAAGCCUUUUGUGUGCAGGUAUUGUGGAUGUAGUUUUAGCUCAAAGUCAAGUCUCCUGAGACAUCAGAAGACUCACUCAGGGGAGAAGCCUUUUGUGUGCAAGGAGUGUGGCCAAGGCUUUAUCCGAAAAUCAUACCUGAUCUCCCAUCAGAGGACACACUCAGGGGAGAAGCCGUUUCUUUGCAGUUAUUGUGGACGAAGUUUUAGCUUGAAGUCAAAUCUCCUGAGACAUCUGAAGACACACUCAGGUGAGAAGCCUUUUGUGUGCAAGGAGUGUGGACAAGGCUUUAUCCAAAAAUCAUCCCUGAUCUCCCACCAGUGGAAACACUCAGGGGAGAAGCCUUUUGUGUGCCAGGAGUGUGGGCAAGGCUUUAUCCGAAAAUCAUCCCUGAUAGCCCAUCUGUGCAAACACUCAGAGAGAAGCCUUUUGUGUGCAGGUAUUGUUGGCAAAGUUUUAUCUUGAGUUAAAUCUCCUGAGACGUGAGGAGACAAAGUUGGUAGUGAGAAAUGUCUUUUGUGUGCAAGGAGUAUGGGCAAUGCUGUACCCAAAAAUCACCUCUGAUCUCCCACCAGUGGAAACAGGUGAGAAGCUGCAAUUCCUGUAGUGAGUGUGGGGAACAGUUUGUCCAGAAGUCAGUCCUUGUGAAACAACGGAACACACUCUCAGGGAAGAAGUCUGUGUGCAGAGUAUGGGCAAGUGUGGAAGUGGGAAAUGAUAAGAAAGGUGCAUGACAGAACGUGCCAGGUAACGGUAAGGGGUCAGAUCCCAGAGGUGUAUGCACAUGUGAAACUCCAUGAAUUUGGGAUUUGGAUUAAAAUGGCAGAAUAGUAUGGCAAGGUGGAAACGUCCUCCCCCAAACACAUAAGAGCAGAAAAUACAGCAAAUACGACUAAGCCUGAAAAUGACCUGAAGAAACCUCACAGAAAAGGGCAAAGUGACAGAGUCGGGACUGAGCAGGACCCAAGCCCUUCCCCCAACGCAGUCCCGCUGGCUGGAGAAAGAGGCCUGGAGUGGGAAGGCAGAAAGAGCCCAGGAGUGCUGCACAGCUGGCCAUGGAGAUCUCCGGCAGCACGAGCCCACGUUACAUUGGGUUCUGGUGUUCGGUGGAGCUGCACACCAGGGACAGGCGGACAGCUCUGGGAGGCUGAUUCCAGCUGCUUUGGGAGGACAAGCAUGCUCUGCCAGGCCUGAGACCCAAAGCAGAGGUGGCAGUUUGAAAGACUUUAUAGCAGUAGGAAAGGUCACUGGGGCAAGGGUUGGAUGGAACUCAGAAGAAAGGUAGGUGGAAAAUACCUCCCAAGCCAUACCUCAGCCCACCAGAUGGGGAACUCUUGGGUGUCCCAGACGCUCCAUCUCCCUUGCUGGAAAUGGAGCCCCAAGGCUGCUCCCUGCACACACUCUGCUGGCAGCCAACCCACUUUGCCCAGCGGCAGCAUCAGCUCUUGCUGCCUGGCAGGCAGAGGGAGACGCUCCCCGCUUCCUUGGCUCCAUUGCAGCCCAACCCAGUUGAUGCCUGCAGGAGCCAGCCCCAAGAGCUCCUUCCUGUGGGUAUCCAAGCCUGGUGCUCUGGGUCCAGGCACAGCUGCACACUGGUCCACCCAUUCCAUGAACCCUGCUAUUACUGCAGGCAGGCAGAGGGUAGCCCUGCCCACAAUGAUUUUAGCAGAGAUUGCAGAACUGAUCGUGAAGGCAGCAGCUUAAGCAAGCCACCGCCCAGACUUAGACCACUACAGACGCCAGAUAGAAAGAUGCUGCUCCCAUGGUACGACAAGCUGGAACCUCCACAAAGUAAAACCAUGCACUAGAGUGUAAAAAUCUUGAGCUUCUGGGCACUGUAUGAUGCCUUCAUAAAGCUAUUACUCUGUAGGCCAGAAAGUAUAGCAGAGCCAAAUACAAAGGAAAAAACACAGAAACCCUGACAAAGUGAGUACACAGAGGAAUAUGAUUCAAUCAGAAGUACAUGACAGAACCCCAGAAAGAGGGCUAAAUGGAACAAAACACCAAUCUGAAAUCUGCUUGAGCUAAGGUUGACCCAAGAUCAACCAGAUUUCAAAGUAAAAGUCAUGAACAUGCUCACAGAUUUACAGAAAAGUAUUCAUGAUCUCAGAGAGGACUUCAACAAAGAGAAAGAAAACCUGAAGAACUCAGAGCUGGAGAAUACAGUAUCUGAAGUGGAACAUAACGGAGGAAUUUAAAAGAUUAGAUCAUGUAGAGGAGAUGGUAAAUGAAAUGGAAAUUAGCAAACAGGAAAACAAGAACCUGAGAAACAGAAAGAAGGAUCUCUACAAAUGAAAGAAUAAUGAGAGCUGUGUGACCAAUCCAAAUGAAACUAUUUUCAUAAUAGAGGUAUAAGAAGGAGAUGAGAGAGACAAAGGGAUAGAAAGUCUCUCUGAGGAAAUAAUUGUUGAAAAUUUCCCCAAUCUGGAGAAGGAAAUACUCAGGUCAUGGAAGAACAGAGACCCCUAACAAAAGGAACUCCAGGAAGACAACACCAAGACAUAUAAUGAUGAAAAUGGCAAAGAUCAAAGAUAGGGAGAGAGUGUUGAAAGCAUCCAGAGAGAGAAAAAGGAUUACUUAUAAAGGAAAUCCCAACAGGCUAUCCACAGACUACUCAAUAGAAACUCUUCAGGCUGGGAGUGCCGAGAUGUUUAUUUAAUACAGAAACAAGGACUUCCAGCCAAAGAAUCAUCUACUGAGCAAGACUCAUAAAAAUUUGCAGCAGGGAUUAAAUAAUUUCCAGAAAGAAGUUGAAGGAAUUUGCUACCACUAAGAUAGCCUUACAGGAUAUGUUUAAGGGACUGUUGUAGGUGGAAAUAACUUUAAGGCUAAAGAGAUUUCACCAGUGAAAAUAAAUCCACAGUAAAGGUAGUAGACCAAUUACCAAGUAAGUACAAAAUGAAAACAAACGCAAAAUCAACUACAUAAAGUCAGUCAAGGGAUAAACAAAAUGCAGGUUGACAUGGAAAAUGUGGAGGAGGAAGAAGAAAAAUAUCUUUAGACUGUGUUUGAAAUACAGUAAUCAGUUUGAGAUAGACUACUGUAUAGUAAGGAAGCUAUCAUUGAAACUUUCACAACCACAAAACUAAAGCCUACAACAAAUUACACAAGAAAGUUAAAUAAAAAUCCAAAUACAACACUAAGGAAAACCACCAAUAACAAGAGAAGAGUAUAAGAGAGGAAGAAAGCAACGGGGGGUGGAGGGGGUAGUACCCAAAAAAAAAAAAUGGCAAUAAGUACAUAUCUAUCAAUAAUCACCUUAAAUGUAAAUGAACUGAAUGCAUCAAUCAAAAGACACAAAGUGGCAGACUGGAUAAGGAAACAAGACCCAUCAAUAUGUUGCCUACGAGAGAUAAAUUUUAGACCCAAUUAUAUACACAGACUAAAAGUGAAGGAAUGCAAAAAGAUAUUUCAAGCAAAUAAUAGGGAGAAGAAAGGAUUAGCAGUUCUUAUAUCAGACAAAAUUGAUUGAAAACAAGAGACAAAGGACAUGACAUGAUAACGGGACCAGUCCAAUGAGAGGAUAUAACCAUUAUAUAUACACCCAACAUAGGAGCACCUAAAUAUUUAAAAUACUAAUAAUUAAAGGGGGAAAUGAUUUGCAAUAUAAUCAUUUUAGAAGACAGACACACCACUCACAUCAAUAGAUCAACCAUACAGAGUAAAUAAGCAGAGGCACUGAACAACACAUUAGAUCAAAUGGACUUAACAUAUCUCCACAACACUCCAUAAAAAAGCAGCAAAAUACACAUUCUUCUCAAGUGCACAUGGAAUGUUCUCCAGAAUAGAUGACAUACUAAACCACAAGAAAAGCCUCAAUAAAUUACAAAAGAUCAAAAGUAUCAAAAAGCUCAGGCCACAAUGAUAUGAAACUAGCAAUAAAUUACAUUUAAAAAGCCUACAAACUCAUGGAGGCUUAACAUGCUUCUAAAUAAUAAAUGGAUCAAUGAACAAAUUAAAUCAAUUCAUGAAGACAAAUGAAAACAAAAACACCAUAGCCCAAAAUCUGUGGGAGGUGGCAAAGGGAGUUCUAAGAGGAGAGUACAUAGCAGUAGAGGAUUACCUUAAGAAACAACAAUCCCAAAUAGUAUAAAAUCACAAAGAAACAAGAAAAAGAGCAAAUGAAGCCCAAAGUUAGUAGAAGGAGGGAUAUAAUAAAGAUCAAAGCAGAAAUAACAACAAAAAAUGAAACCAGGAGCUGUUUUUUUGAGAAACCCAUAGCCAGACCUACCAAAUAAAAGAGUGUAUGCAGAAAAACAAAAUCAGCAACAAGGAAAAUCACAACAGAUACCACAAAUACAAAGAAUUAGAGAAUACUAUGGAAAAUUAUAUGCCAAAAAAUUGGACAACCAAGAAUAGACAAUUUCCUAGAAAAAUACAGCUGUCCAAGGCUGACCCAGGAAGGAACAGAAUCUGAACAGAACAAUCACCAGCAAGGAAAUCGAAUUGGUAAUAAAAAAGCUGAGGUACAAUGGCUUCACAGCAUAGUUCUACCAAACAUUUAAAGAGCUAAUACCCAUCAUUCUUAAAGUAUUCCAAAAAGUAGGAGGGAAUACUUACAAACUCAUUCUGUGAGGCCAGCAUCACUCAAUACCAAAACCAGAGAAAAAGUAGACCAACAUCCCUGGUAGACAUAAAUGCAAAAAUCCUCAACAAAAUAUUAGCAAACCAAAUCCAAAAAUACAUCAGAAAGGUCAUCAUGACCAAGUGGGAUUUAUUCCAGGGAUGCAAGGAUGGUGUACAAUAUUUUUAAAUCAAUAUCGUACACAUUAACAAAAAUGAUGAAAACCACACGAUCAUCUCAAUAGAGGCUGAAAGCAUUUGACAGAAUUCAACAUUCAUUCAUAAUAAAAACAAAAUGUGUAUGGUACAUCAACAUAAUAGCCAUAUAUGACAUCUGUAGUCAGCAUUGUACUUAAUAGCUGAAAGCUUUUCAUCUAAGGUCAGGAACAAGACAAGGAUGCCACUCAUCACUUUCAUUCAACAUAGUACUGGAGGUCCUAUCCAUGGCAAUCAGAAAACACUGAGAUAAAAGGGAUCAAUUGGUAAGGAAGAAGUUAAACAUUAUUUGCAAAUGACAUGGUAUUGUACAUAGAAAACAUUAAAGGAUCCACCCCAAAAAUACUGGAAUAACUGAAUUCAGCAAAGUUGCAGGAUACAGAAUACACAGAACUCUGUGGCAUUCCUAUAUACUAACAACAGACUAGCAGAAAUAGAAAUUAGGAAAACAACUCACUUUACAAUUGCAAUAAAAAGAAAAUACCUAGGGAGUAAACCUAACCAAGGAGAUGAAAGACCUAUAUUCUGAAAACUACAAGACACUCAUGAGAGAAACUAAAGAAGACACCAAUAAAUAGAAAUCUAUCCUGUGCUCAUGGAUAGGAAAAAUAUUGUCAAAAUGGCCACCCUGCCCAGAGAACUUACAGAUUCAGUGCAAUCCUUAUCAAAAUACAGCAUUCUUCAAUGAACUAGAACAAAUAGUUCUAAAAUUCAUAUGGCAAUAAAAAAGACCCCAAAUAGCCAAAGCAGUCCUGAGAAGGAAGAACAAACAUGGGGAACUUAUGCCCCCUAACUUCAAGCUCUACUACAAAGCCACAGUAAUCAACUUGGUACUGGCACAAGAACAGACCCAUAGAUCAAUGGAACACUAAUACAGAGUCCAGACAUAAACCCGCACAUACAUGGUCAGUUAAUAUAUGAUAAAGGACACAUGAAUAUACAAUGUGGAAAAGACAGCCUCUUCAACAACUGGAUUAUUGUUUAGCUACAUACACAAAAGUAAACUCAAAAUGGAUCAAAGACCUGAAUGUAAGUCAUGAAACCAUAAAACAGAAGAAAACAUAGGCAAAAAUCUCUUGAAUGUAAGCAUGAGCAACUUUUUACUGUACACAUCUCCUCCAGCAAGGUAAACAAAAUAAAAAAUGAGCAAGAGGGACUACAUCAAACUAAAAAGCUUCUAAACAGCAAAGGACACUGUCAGAACAGAAAGGCAUCCUGCAGUAUGAGAGAAUAUAUUCAUAAAGUUUAUCUGAUAAGGGGUUAACAUCCAAAUAUAUAAGGGACUCUCACCUCAACACCCAAGAAAAUAAUCCAAUAAAAAAAUGGAGAACCUGAAGAAAGACACUUUUCCAAAGAAGAAAUGCAAGUGGCCAACAAGCACAUGAAAAGGUGCUCCACAUCACUAAUCAUCAGGGAAGUGCAAAUUAAAACCACAAUGAGAUAACACUUCCCAUCAGGACAGCCACUAUCCAAAAGACAAGAAACAACAAACACUGAGGGUGCAGAGAAAUAGGAACCCUCUUGCACUGUUGCACGUGACUGCAAAUUGGUACAACUGCUGUGGAAAGCAGUAUGGAGGUUCCUCAAAAAACAAACAAAAAUAGAAAUACCAUUUGACCCAGUAAUUCCACUCCUAGGAAUUUACUUGAAGAAAACACAACCCCUGAUUCAAAAAGUCAUAUGCACUCCCAUGUUUAUUGCACUGUUUACAAUAGACAAGUUGUGAAAGAAACCUUAAGUGUUCAUCAAUAGUUGAAUGGAUAAAGGAUAUGUACAUAGACACAAUUGAAUAUUAUUCAGCCGUAAAAAGAAAAAUUUGCCGUUUGCAAUGACAUGGAUGGGUCUAGAGGGUAUUAUGUUCAGUGAAAUAAGCCAGGUGGAGAAAGGCAAAUGCCAUACGAUUUCACUUAUUUGUGGAAUAUUAAAAAAAGCAAAACAGAAGACCUCUUAGACCCUGAGAAGUGACUAGUGGUUAUGAAGGUGAAAGGGUUCAUGCGGAUGGGUGGCUGGAGGGGAAUAAAAGGGCAUAAUAACAAUAUAAGCUGAUCACAGGGACUGUUGAACCAUUGUGGUGUGUGUUUGAAAUCAACACAAGAUUGUAUAUUAAAGAUAUUUUAAUUUAAAAAAUUGUUAAUGCACAUGGUAAUAAGCUAAUCCAUAGAAAAUACAUCUAAUCAGGCAUGUAAAAUCAUAAGCCGGGACACAGUUCUCAAUACUUGGUCCAAGCAGAAGUUCUUUUGUAUCAAGAAUCUAUAAUGCAACAAAUACAAUGGUAAAUGAAACAUGUAUUAUAGGAAGCACACUUACAGCAGUCUUAACAAAAGCAAGUACAUCUGUGUGAAGUCAUGUUUUAUGCGUCUAAUUAUUAAUAUUUUAAUCAACUGUAUUAGAGAAAAGGCUGACUUUCUACUUGCUCUGUUUAAGAAAUGAAAUUGUCAUAGGAUAUUAAAGACUAUGUAGCCAAAAAAAUAUAGAAAACAAGAAUUAUAUAGAUAGUCAAGCAGUUCAUUAACAGAUACUACAAUUUCUUUCAGAUUUUGUAAUAUUUGCCAUAUCUUUGUAAGUUUAUCAUUUAUUGGGAUUUCUUUUCUCAUUUGAAAUACAAUCACAGCUGAAAAGGAAAAGUUCAGCUCAGGGACAUGGGUAUACUUUUAAAAAAAUCAUAAGAUUUAAAAACACCCUUCCCAAAACCUGACCAACAUAUCAAUAGGACCCAGUAUAACUGACAACCUACUUGAGUUCAUAGGGAAAUAUAAAACGUGAGACAAAAACGGCCAUGAGGAUACUGAAGCCUUUGACACCCAUACAACAAAUAGUAACACAGCCCCACUCUGGGUCAGAUAAAUAUAAAACUUCACACAAAAGGCCUAUUUACUUACAGUUCUGUUACCUAACACAUAUUUAGCACCCAAUGGAAAAUUAAAAGGGCCUCUCAAGAAAUCAUACAAGGAACAAGAGGAGUGAAAUAUUUCAUGAAUUGUAAGAAAAAGUAACCUGUAAUUCUGUAUCCCAUGACAUUGUCCUUCAGAAGUGGAGAACAAGCCCUUUCUCAGACAACAAAAAUGGAAUUUUUUCCCAGUAGACAAGAUUUGCAAAAAAAAAAGAAA